GAUUCCCUCUCUCUCUCACUUCUCCCCAUCUUCUUUAUUUCGUUUUUGUUUCUGUAAUAAUAAACGAAAAGAAUCUGGGGAGACGAGCACGGGCUUCUUCUUCCUCGAGGCACUUAAUCAGAUCGGUUUUUAUCAUCGUCGGAAUUGAACUCCGUCUGAUCGGAAUCGUCGCUCUCACUACUCUUUAACUUCUAUCAGUUAUUUUUUCCCCCCCCGACCAUGGGACGAGGAAAGUUCAAGGGGAAGCCCACUGGAAAACGCCAGUUCUCGACUCCCGAAGAGAUGCUUGCUGGGAGCUCUUCACGCCCAAGAACAUUCAAACGGGAGGAAGCUGCAUAUGAGGAGGAGAAAGCUGAAGAAGAAUCAAGUGAGGAGUCUGGAGAAGAAUCUGGAGAUGAAGAGUCUGAUCAAAGAAGAAAAGGAACUGAAGGUCUUAUCUCAAUCGAGAACCCAAAUCUUGUGAAGCCAAAAAAUUUGAAGGCUAAAGAUCUUGAUAUGGGGAAAACAACUGAGCUUUCUAGGCGUGAAAGGGAGGAGUUGGAGAAACAGAGGGCACACGAGCGAUACAUGAGGCUCCAAGAGCAAGGCAAAACUGAGCAAGCGAGGAAGGACUUGGGUAAGUUUGAAAAGAUUAAGGAAUAAGAUGGCCACAUUGCCAGGAUACAGGCUUUACUAACUUGCUCGGGACUUCGUGUUCGAAUCGCAGAGCGUUUAACUCUCAUUCGCCAACAGAGGGCUGAAGCUGCUAAGAAACGGGAAGAGGAAAAGGCUGCUAAAGAUCAGAAGAAGGCAGAAGCAAAGAAGUGAUUCUUCCCAGGAUGGAGAAGGGAAGGCAGCCUUAGUUGUGCUGAAGAAGGAAGCUGCCCUGCCUAGUUCGUAAUUGUUCUCUCUUUCUGACACACAUUGUACCAGCAGCUAACCGGUAUUUGAUAUGCAGCACAGUUAGUACACAACAGGGUUCUAAUUUGUUUUGCAUUUUAGCCAGAAGCUCCGAGUUGUGGAUUUCAAUACAAGAAUUUUCUUUCUCCUUCCUUCGUCUUCUUAAUUGCACAGUCCUGUUGCUUCAGUUAUUGGCAAUUGUUUUAGUCCCAGAGAUCGCUGCAC